CCUUCCUUGGUGGUGGUCCGCGGGCUGGUCCAAAUGGCGGUGUCAACCCAGAAAAAAUUGAAAUGGCCAUUACCGAACUGGACACAGUCACCGACUUCUUCAACCGCAUGGUGGCGUCAUGCCAUAAUAAAUGCAUUCCCGCCAGAUACGCAGACGGCGAGCUGAACAAAGGCGAGCAGGUCUGCAUAGACCGCUGCGUCGCAAAAUACAACGACGUGCAGAAGAAAGUCGGCGAGAAGAUACAAAGUAGAAGUGCAGCGAACGCAGGUAGCUCAGGCUUCGGUCCACUGUAAUCAUCUUCCAUCGCACCAUAUUUAUUCCUCGGCCCCCACACUCUGAAAUCUAAGAUCGAAAGUAAUUCCGUGUCAAG